AUGUCAAUAGGAGAGAGAGCCACAAAACAGAGGAAAGAGGAGUCUCGAACAGAUUGUGACAUGAUGUUCAAAACUCAGUGGCAUGCGAAUCGCCAUGAUGAGACUCAUACACGGAGCCUUGAGGAGCGUAAAAAGUACAAAUGUCCUGAAUGUAACGACGGUUUCACUACCAAACCAGCCCUAGAACGGCAUAUCAAAGGCAUGCACACAGAGAAUCCCAACGAUCUGCAUUGUGAGACUGUGAAACAAUUCCUUGUUCUAUUCCCGAACGGAAGUUCAAAAGCAAAAUUAUUUGAACACCCAUAUGUCAAUGGAUGUGCACAUGAGGAAGGAGAGAUUAUGCAAGGGGAAGGAAUUAUACAACAAGAAAUCAAUCCCGUGCAAAUAUCCCGGCUGCAAGUGCAAAAUAAGUCGACGGAGAUAUGUCUAUCAUAUGGCCAGAACCUACCUUACCUGAUCUGCAAAAAGCUCUUCUGGAAUACCGACUCUUUACUCGCUCAUAUCAGGACAUAUGAUGAAAAGACUGGGUAUGCUUGUCCACUGAAAGAGGAGUUUAACUGUCAGUAUUUCACCGCCACGCCCGGCAAGGCCGACGAGCAUGCACGUACUGUCCACCGAAAAGAAGGGGCACUUCUGUGCAUGGUCCUGACGUGCCCACACGCUGUCAGUGGGAUGCCCAUCACCGAAGCUGGAAUGGAUACACGCAUGAUAGCGCACGAGGAUUCAAGUCACUUGAAGGGACUCGAUCAAUACCCUGAACCAAUAAACACCACGAAUGAUGAAAUGCAUGCGCAAAACAAUCAUAAGUCUCUAAAAGAGGCAACUCCAGAGACAGAGGCGGAUCUUGGAGUCACAAGACAGCAGGUGGCAGAGCGGAAUGACGCUAUUCGAAAGUCUGGCUGCACCAUUGUGGAAGCGAACAGGGGAUAUAAAUGUAUAGGCCCCAGCCUAUUGGUGAAUGGGUUGUUGACACAUCUCUGUCCCUACAAUGCCACCAUCGACUUUGACACGGCGUCCAUAGUCCAGAAUUACCGGGGUUUUGCGCUACAGACGUCCGGAGAAGGAACGAGACCAGGAACAAUGUGCGGAAAGAUUCUGCUUCCAGCGGGUGUGGCUGGCCGCGAAAUUCUGCAAAAAGCACUACAACAGCCACGCGGUAUCGACACCAAAGGAAUUGGUACCUGA